AUGGAGACUGAGAAGGUCGUCCCUACUGAGCGUGAGCUCAGGAAUUUCCAAUUAAGCAACCCUGAUACUAUCAGUCUCAUCCGACGUGCGCAGGACAGCGAUGCUGCCGACCGAAAGUUGACACUUCUUCAGGCUGUGAAGAAAUACAAGAAGGCUGUCUUCUGGAGUUGCCUUCUUUCCACCGCCCUGGUCAUGGAAGGCUACGAUAUUGUUAUCAUCAACUCCUUCUUUGGUCAGUCACAGUUCAAGGAGCGAUUCGGAACGGUCAAUCCUGCAACUGGCCAAAAGAUAAUCACUGCUCCAUGGCAGUCGGGUCUUGCAAAUUCUGCCCUGGUCGGUGAACUGGCAGGUCUCGUUGCCAACGCAUUUGCCCAGGACAGGUUUGGUUGUAGACCGACAUAUUUGUUCUUCAUGGCCUGGCUGUGUUGCGCUAUUUUCAUUUCAGUGUUUGCGCCCUCUCUGCCAGUCCUAGCCUUUGGUGAGGCAAUGUCUGGGAUCUCCUGGGGCGUCUUCCAAACCCUGACCACUGCUUAUGCAUGUGAGAUCGUUCCGACCGUCCUACGCUCCUAUGUCACUGCCUACGUUUGUCUGUCGUGGGGUUGCGGUAUUCUCCUCUCGUCCGGAGUCCUCCGGGCUGUCACUGGCCUUGAGGGCAACCUUGGCUGGCGGUUGCCGUUUUGUCUUCAGUGGAUUUGGCCAGUUCCACUGUUCAUCGGCGCCUUCUUUGCUCCUGAGUCUCCCUGGAACGCGGUGAGACGGGGCGAGUACGACCUUGCAAGAAACUCCCUUUUGCGUCUUCGUUCGGCCAGUCCAACAAAGGAGCAGGAGGUGGACGCCACAUUGGCAUACAUCAGACACACCACAGAGCUCGAGAGAGCAGACACUGAGAAGGCAAGCUUCUUCGAAUGCUUCAAGAGCACUAACCUGCGUCGAACUGAAAUUAAUUGCAUGACAUGGAUGUCACAGAUUUGGGAUGGAAAUCCACUCACCAGUUACGCCGUCGUCUUCCUCGAAGCCGCAGGAUUUGACGAGGUUCAGACGUUCGAUAUCAACAUCUCGAUCAGCGCGUGUUUUGUGAUUGGCGUUCUCAUCUGCUACGCCAUCUUUCCAUUCUUUGGCAGGAAGACAAUCUAUCUAUCGGGCCUAUCUGCGAUGUUUUGCAUUUUGGUUACGAUUGGCGGACUGGGAUUCAACCACACCCACAGUUCACAACUUGCAAUAGGCAUUCUACUGGUGAUCUGUACUUUGGUCAACACGAUUUGUAUGGGGCCAACGUGCUAUCCCAUUGUGGCCGAAACGCCCUCGGGACGAUUGAGAUACAAGACCAUCGCCAUCGGAAGAUUCGCCUACAACGUGGCGAGCGUGAUCCAGAAUACAAUCACUCCGCGCAUGCUGUCUUCAACCUCCUGGAAUUGGGGCGCCAAAUCUGGACUUUUCUAUGCCGGAACCAACAUGCUGUGCAUCAUUUGGUGUUACUUCCGCCUCCCAGAGACCAAAGAUCGCUCAUUCGGUGAGAUUGAUCUUCUCUUCGAGAACAAGGUGCCCGCGAGGAAGUUCAAAUCUACGAAAGUCGAUCAAUUCGCCCAUGGUGCCAUCUACGAGGCCAAAGCAGAAGAAGCUGGUCAGGAGACAUCUAUGCAUGUGGAUAAAGUCGAAUAA